UUUUCAGUUUCCUAAAACAUCUUAUUAAUCUAAAUAUAACAGAUAAUGUUACAUAUUAUAAUGAGUGUAUCUUACUGUGGCCACCAGAUGGGCUCAAUGUCUCUAUUUUUGAUAACGCAUUUACUUUCUGUUCCUCUUUUUCUGUCAGACCAACAUGAUCAAACUCCGUCCUUCUAAUGUUGUGGUGAAGAACUCAAAUGCAGCAUUUAUUGAGCCUCUACAGGAUGGCCUAAACUCCAUCAAGAAAGUAUGUGAGGCCCUCAGUGAAGCAAAUGUAAAUGCCUUUAGUGGGCAGUGCUCCAACUACAAGUACAUUAGAGAGCAGAUUGUGCAGGCCCAGCAGAGCCUGGAGCGGUCAGAACAGGCAGCCGCUACAGUGUUAAGGAGUCUGGAUGAAAGAAUUGAGAUCCUUACACAGGAUGAGGGAAAACUUGAACAAGAGAUGACUGCUACACAAGAAACCUUAGAAAACCUGAAAAUACAACAGUUGUCUAAUGAAAAAUUACUGAGUGAGUCGAAAGGUGCUCUGGAGCUGGCCAAAACAAAUCUGAGCACAGCAAGAGAAGCACUUCAGGAACUGGAAGAAAGGAGAGACUAUGCUGAGUCUGUGAGGAAUGCUGGGUGGGGAGUGACAUUAAUACCCAUAAUCAGAUGGAUUGCUGGUCCCAUCAUGAUUGCUGUUGGAGAAGCAGAAAUAGCCCAAGCUACAGAAGCUAUUGAAGUGGCUGAAAAGGAAGUGAGAGCAUCAAAGAAAGAAAAGAAAAAAUACAAAAGAAAAGUCUCAGACUACAAGUCCGAGAUUUCUAAAACUGAGCGCAACAUCAAACAAAAACAUAAAAAGGCAGACCAGAUCCAUGAAGAGAUUGGAAAAGUGAAUCAGCAGAGAGACGUCAUCGCUGAGUUCCAGGAGAAAGUGAGAAGUGCCGUCCGCGUCCUGAGUCAAAUGAGUGGGACGUCCAGAGUGGCUGAGAUUCAGACCCGCAGAUUCGUCCUCCAGGAGCCAGUGAUGAAGGUGAUGGAGGAUCUGAUGAAGGCAGCUGAUAGAAUCACAGAGAACUGGCUUUGCUUAACUGACUGCGAAGAUGAAAAUGCAGGCAGGGCCCGUGUACCUUUCUUGAAUUGGCUUUACCGUUUAUUUUCCCGCAAUAAAAGAAAAAGGAGAACAACCCUAUUUUCCAAUUAAAAUAAUGUAAAUAUUAUUAAAUUACGGAAAGCAAGCUGUCUUCCACAACAUACGUUAACUAAACAAGAUAUUAAAAAAGAAUAUGAACAAAAACAAAUGAAAAUAUAAAGGUUUUGUAACUUGUUAUGGGCUGAGAGGCAGAUUGUUGCAAGAGUCCAAUGUUUUUAAUGGAAUUGGGAUGCAAGUCUGUCCUAAUUUGUGAUGAUUUCUGUUUCACUGCAAUAAAAUUGGUUUUAUAUUGGCA